UGACGCCGGCGCAGAAAAUGGCGUCCGCGAAGCCCGUGGACCGCUGCGGUCUGUUGUCCCGUCUGAUUUAGAAGCCGAGUGGGGGGGUCUCUGCGUCUGGCAGAUGGGCGACACCAUGGCGGUGCACCGCCGCCGUCCCCGUCCUUCGACUGCGGAAUAAUACCCGCCGCUUCAUGUCCGAAGGAGCCGGAGCUGCCUGGUCGAAGAGGGGCUGCGGGGAUUCGCACCGCCGAGAACCGGGGAAACAUAAACACAGGAAAUGCGAGCAGCCCCUUAGCGCUCAGCCGCCGAACCCUGCGACUGUUCCGCUGGGCUCCAAAAGGUGUGUUAUGUCGGGGGCAGAUGUGGAGGUGUACCUGUCCCAGGUGCAUGAUGGGAGUGUGUCGUCGGGCUUCCGGGCUCUGUACGAGGAGCGUCUGCUGCUGGACGUCACCCUGCUGAUCGAGGAGCACCACUUCCAGGCCCACAAGGCGCUGCUGGCCACCCAGAGCGACUACUUCCGGGUCAUGUUCACCGCCGACAUGAGGGAGAGGGACCAGGACAAGAUCCACAUGAAGGGGCUGACGGCGGCCGGGUUCGGCCACAUCCUGCGCUUCAUGUACUACGGCUCGCUGGAGCUCAGCAUGCCCACCGUCCAGGAGAUCCUGCAGGCGGCCAUGUACGUGCAGCUGACGGAGGCGGUGGAGUUCUGCUGCUCCUUCCUGCUGGCCAAGAUCUGUCUGGAGAACUGUGCCGAGGUCAUGCGCCUCCUGGAGGACUUCAGCGUGGGCGUGGAUGGCGUCCAGGAGCAGCUCGACAACUUCCUGCUCGACAACUUCGUGCCCCUCAUGAGCCGGCCCGACUUCCUGUCCUACCUCAGCCUGGAGAGACUGCAGGCGUACCUGAACAGCGACGCUCUGAGCCGCUUCCCGGAGAUCGAGCUGUACGAAGCCGUCCAGUCGUGGCUGCGACACGACCGGCGGCGCUGGAGGCACACGGACACCAUCGUGCAGUCCGUCCGCUUCUGCCUCAUGACCCCCGCCAACAUCUUUGAGAAGGUGAAGACGUCGGAGUUCUACCGGUACUCCCGGCAGCUGAGGCAGGAGGUGGAUCAGGCGCUCGGCUACUUCCACGACGUCAACCAGCAGCCUCUGGUGGAGACGCGCUCCAACCGCAUCCGCUCCGUCCGCCCGCAGACCGCCGUCUUCAGGGGGAUGAUCGGCCACAGCAUGGUCAACAGCAAGAUCCUCCUGCUGCAGCGCCCCAAGGUGUGGUGGGAGCUGGAGGGGCCUCAGGUGCCGCUGCGCCCCGACUGCCUCGCCAUCGUCAACAACUUUGCCUUCCUGCUGGGCGGCGAGGAGCUGGGGCCCGACGGCGAGUUCCACGCCUCCUCCAAAGUCUACCGCUACGACCCGCGACAGAACUCGUGGCUCCGCAUGGCCGACAUGUCGGUGCCCCGGUCAGAGUUCGCCGUCGGCGUCAUCGGGAAGUUCAUCUACGCCGUGGCGGGCCGCACGCGGGACGAGACCUUCUACUCCACGGAGCGCUAUGACAUCACGGAGGACCGCUGGGAGUUCGUGGACCCGUAUCCCGUCAACAAGUACGGCCACGAGGGGACGGUCCUCGGCGGCAAACUCUACAUCACCGGCGGCAUCACCUCCUCCUCCACCUCCAAACAGGUGUGCGUGUUCGACCCGGGGCGGGAGGCGGGAGGAGGAGGAGGCGGCGGCUCAGGCGGCGGGUCGGACGCACACAGGACACGCGCGGGCCGCGGGCCGCCGGCGCCCGGCGCCCACGCCUCCUGCUGGGAGAACAAAUCCAAAAUGAACUACGCCCGGUGCUUCCACAAGAUGAUCUCCCACAACGGGAAGCUGUACGUGUUCGGCGGCGUGUGCGUCAUCCUGCGGGCGUCCUUCGAGUCGCAGGGCUGCCCGUCCACCGAGGUGUACGACCCCGACGCCGACGAGUGGACCAUCCUGGCCUCCAUGCCCAUCGGGCGCAGCGGCCACGGCGUGGCGGUGCUGGACAGGCAGAUCAUGGUGCUGGGCGGCCUGUGCUACAACGGCCACUACAGUGACUCCAUCCUCACCUUCGACCCCGACGAGAACAAGUGGAAGGAGGACGAGUAUCCCAGGAUGCCUUGCAAACUGGACGGUCUGCAGGUGUGCAGCCUGCACUUCCCGGAGUACGUGCUGGAGCACGUGCGGCGCUGCAGCUGAGGGCGGCUCCCUGCAGCGAGGCCGCCGCUCUUUCUUUUAUUGCCACGGAGAACGCGCCGUUCGAGGACCUGAAGUCUCUGGGAUCAGGUGUUUCGCAGGCGGGGGGGCGGGGAGGGGGG